AUGCCCAUCCCUAAAAAUGAGUCUUUUUGGAAAUUCUUUAAUCGUUUCAAAAAUCUUCUAUCACAAUGCCCCCACCAUGGAAUAGAGAAAUGGAGACUUUGUAAGAUUGUGUACGAGGCCUUAGACAGUCAAACCACCGCUUUAUUAGAGUCUAUGUGCCAAGGCAAAUUCAUGGAGAAAGAUGAGGACCAAGGGUGGGAAUUUUUCGAGGACUUAGCCGAGAAAACAAUGUUAUGGGAGUCAACUAGGGAACCCAAAAAGUCAAUCGAGGCAUCUAGCUCUAGGGGUUUGCAUUCGAUAGGAAACAAUGUGGAAACCGAUGCCAAAUUAGCAACCCUUACUAAGAGACUCGAAGCUUUAGAGUCUCAUAGUGGCCCUUCAACUUUACCCAUGUUCCCGAACUAUAACGCUCCCCAUCCCGAGAUCCAACAAUCUCACGAUUUUGAGCAAGUGAACGCAAUGUUCCAACCCAAGCCUAGAAAUGAUCCUUUUGCACCUACUUACAACCCCGGGUGGAAGAAUCACCCGAAUUUCUCGUGGAACCAAGAAGAUGCAAAGCCCGUGAGAGAACCUCAAAGGAGGUUGAAUCCUCCCAUGAUGGAGGUAGUUAAGAAAGAAAUUCUUAAGUGCUUAGACAAUGGGAUCAUCUAUCCCAUUUCCGAUAGCAAGUGGGAUGUCAAAUUCGAGUUCACAAGCGAGUGUGUUCAUUCCUUCGAAGACCUUAAGAGAGAAUUGACUUUGGCCCCGAUCAUGAAGUCUCCUGAUUGGAGUCAACCUUUUGAGCUUAUGUGUGACGCAUCCGAUUAUGCCAUAGGAGCGGUUUUAGGACAACGAAUAGAUAAGAAGCCUCAUGUCAUUUACUAUGCUAAGUUUGACUUAGAGAUUAGGGAUAAGAAAGGUUGCGAGAAUGUCGUCGCCGAUCAUCUCUCUCGAUUAGUGGUUGAAUCCACUAACGACUUGCCCUUAAGCGAGUCAUUUCCCGACGAACACCUUCUCUCAAUUUCCACUCUCCCUUGGUUCGCCGACAUAGUCAAUUACCUAGCGACCGGUGACAUUCCCUCGACAUGGUCCAAGAAUGAUAAAGCCAAGUUCUUUUCUCAAGUGAAACAUUUCUUUUGGGAUGACCCGUAUCUCUUUAAACAUUGUCCCGAUCAAAUCAUUAGGAGGUGUGUCCCAAAUAGUGAGUUUCAUAGCAUCCUCUCGUUUUGUCACGAUCAAGCAUUCGCGGUUGAUUACGUUUCCAAGUGGGUAGAAGCCAUCCCGACCCGGUCCACUGAUAACAAAGUCGUUCUUAGAUUCCUUAAAGAGAAUAUCUUUUCUCGAUUUGGCACACCUAGGGCUAUCAUUAGUGACCAAGGGACGCAUUUUAAGAAUCGUCAAUUCGAGUCUCUUCUUAAGAAGUACUCCAUCACUCAUAGGCUUGCUACCCCUUAUCAUCCUCAAACUAGUGGCCAGGUAGAGGUUUCAAACCGGCAAAUUAAGCAAAUCUUAGAGAAGACGGUCAACUCAAAUAGGAAAGAUUGGUCAACCAAGUUGAUAGAUGCCUUAUGGGCCUAUCGGACCGCCUUUAAGACCGUCUUAGGAAUGUCUCCUUAUAGACUCGUGUAUGGUAAACAGAAAACCAAGGCCUUCCAUGAUAAAACUAUUUUGAGAAAAUCCUUUUCUCCCGGCCAAAAAGUUCUUCUCUACAAUUCUAGGCUUCAUUUGUUUCUUGGUAAGUUGCGUUCUAGAUGGGAUGGUCCUUACGUUGUUCAAGUUGUUUUCCCUCAUGGUGCUGUUGGAAUUCAGGAUCCUAAAAAUGGUAAUGUUUUUAAAGCUAAUGGUCAACGUCUUAAACCAUUUUUAGAAUUGCCUGUUGAUUCGGAGGAAGAGGUCAUCCACCUCAUCGACCCUUGA